UAUAGCUGAUGUCAGUCGCAGAUCUGUCGAUUGACGAUGAUGAUAGGUGAAAAAAACUGAGAUGGAAAAAGUUCGAUUUUACGAAACGACGAAUCCCGAGACAAAAAGGCGAAAUAAGUUUGCUGCGUGUCGCGACGACAAAGUGACAGACAACACAUAGAGGACAGAGUCGUGGUUCAUUGCCUGCAAAAACUUGGUGACCGUUCCGGAGUGUUAGGCCCGCGUUCUUUCUGUUUUUUGCUUACCGUUUGGAGGUUUUGAAGAGCCAAAAGUUUGCUGCACUGUAGGCCUAGUAGAGAAAAUCACUGAAGGUUGCACAGUAAUUGAAGCAUCAGCCUCAAACUCAAACGCAACACGCGCCCUAAGAAUUCCAUUGGACAUUGAUUGUAGUCUAGUUUCAGUUUUAGUACCGAUAGCCGGUAGGCCUUUUCCUAUUUAGAUGGUCUAGAAUCUAGAAUCUUAAAAAAAAAAUAUAGUAAGCUGCUUAGGAUAGGAGGCCAAAAACCUUCACCUUCGCUAACCUUAACUUGGACACUCAUGCUGACAAAAUACCUCAAGUACUGCUGAAUGUGAUAGUAGUGUGCUGUUGAUGGUGGCAGGUAGAUUCUAGGGCUUCAUUUUAUCUGAGCUGCAGCUGUGUUUUGUUGAAAAAGCAGUUGAGUAAAUCUAAGUCUAAGUUGAGUAAAAACAUCUUGCUGAUAUCUAGGCCUAUAACAUCAAAAUUAUAAAAUGGCAUCUGGAGGCAUCAAAGCAGUCACUAGUUUGUUCCGACCUUCUCUGUUCAAGAACAAAGUGGCUAUUGUCACCGGUGGAGGUACUGGCAUUGGCAAAGGAAUUACACAAGAGCUUCUCUAUCUGGGUAGGUGAAGUCGCUCAUCUCCCAGACUCUGGACACAUUUGGCCAGCUAGACUUUGUGGUCAACAACGGGGGCGGUCAGUUUGUGUGUCCGGCCAAAGACAUCUCGCUCAAGGGCUGGAACGCUGUGGUGGACACGAAUCUCACCGGAACCUUCCUUAUGUGUAGAGAGGGAGCACAAGACGAAGAUCGCAACCUACAAGUGGGAAGAUGACCUUGAGCAGCAGACUUCAGACGGCAAGGAGAAAUAGAUCUGUAGGCCAAGCUGCGGCAGGCCAGAAUUAGAACCACCGCGGGGCUGUGGGAAGAGGCACUGUGAAGAAAAGUUCCCAACUCCUUUUUAUUAGUAGGAGUUUUACGGCGCUCGCAACUGCAAAAGUUCCCAACUCCUCGGGUUUUGCGAUCGUGGAGAAAGGAAGGAGCUUGUCGUCCUGAACUCAGCUCUCGAAAUGUUUUGGUCAUAUGUUUGAUGACGCGGUGGAAUCAGGCGCUCAUCAAUUUUUGGGCAUGUGGAAUUAUUGGUAUCAUCUGAAAGCUGUUUCAUUUGCUUUGCUUUUAAUUAAAUAAA